UGCGCCGCGAAUGUUAGCCGGUUGAUUGUAGAAUACGCCAUGCGCCGUGUUUUAUUUCUCGUCAGGCGGUGGCCCAGGGCGACCGUUUUGCUCGCUUUGCAUUGUGGGAGCGUUGCCUUUUCUUCUAUCGGGAGGCGCCGCUAAAGCGAAACCGCUCCUGUUCUCUAACACGUUGUGUGGACUGGUGCGGGCUCCGUUAAUCUCUCCACCAUGUCAGUGCGGGAGGCUUUUAACCCAGAGAGUUACGAGUUGGACAAAAACUUCAGACUAACACGCUUCACAGAGCUCAAAGGCACCGGCUGCAAAGUCCCUCAGGAUGUGCUACAGAAACUUCUGGAGUCGUUGCAGGAAAACCAUUAUCAGGAGGACGAGCAGUUCCUCGGGGCAGUUAUGCCCAGACUGGGCAUCGGCAUGGACACCUGUGUGAUUCCUCUCAGACAUGGAGGCCUCUCGCUAGUACAGACCACAGACUACAUCUACCCUAUAGUGGAUGACCCUUACAUGAUGGGCAGAAUUGCGUGUGCUAAUGUCUUGAGUGACCUGUACGCUAUGGGAGUGACUGAGUGUGAUAACAUGUUGAUGUUGCUGGGCGUUAGUAACAAACUGUCAGAAAAGGAGAGGGACAAGGUGAUGCCGCUUAUUAUCCAGGGUUUUAAGGAUGCAGCAGAGGAGGCGGGCACAUCAGUGACCGGUGGUCAGACAGUCGUGAAUCCCUGGAUCGUACUUGGAGGCGUGGCCACAACGGUCUGCCAACCUAACGAGUUCAUCAUGCCAGAUAAUGCAGUGCCAGGUGAUGUGUUGGUUCUCACCAAACCUCUCGGCACUCAGGUAGCAGUCGCAGUGCAUCAGUGGCUGGACAUUCCAGAGAAAUGGAACAAGAUCAAGUUAGUAGUGACACAAGAGGAUGUGGAGCUAGCCUAUCAGGAGGCCAUGUUGAACAUGGCCAGACUCAACAGAACAGCGGCAGGUCUGAUGCACACGUUCAACGCACACGCUGCAACUGACAUCACAGGCUUUGGUAUUUUGGGUCACGCUCAGAACCUCGCCAGGCAGCAGCGCAGCGAGGUCUCCUUCGUCAUCCACAACCUACCCGUCCUCGCCAAGAUGGCCGCCGUCAGCAAAGCCUGCGGGAACAUGUUCGGCCUAAUGCACGGCACCUGCCCCGAGACCUCAGGAGGCCUGCUGAUCUGUCUUCCACGUGAGCAAGCCGCACGCUUCUGCGCCGAGAUCAAAUCUCCGAAAUACGGCGAAGGCCACCAGGCCUGGAUCAUCGGCAUCGUAGAGAAAGGCAACCGCACAGCUCGCAUCAUCGACAAACCCCGCAUCAUCGAGGUUGCACCCCAGGUGGCCACGCAAAACGUCAACACCACCCCAGGAACUACAUCCUAAAGCCGAGCCCACGCCUUCUGAACAUUUAGCACGCUCUAACACCACCACAGCGUAGAAACACACACCACCUGCCCAACCACGACCUUACGGCAGAUACUACAUGGACACACUUACCAGUUGAAAAAAGUAACAGGGAAUUAAAAUCCAUUGUUUUUGUUAUAUUUUUUUGUGUCGAAACGUUUUCUGUUACAAAAUGUCGCAGAAGCACCCAACUUUAAGGCAGCUUCUACAGUAUAUGAAGAGUAUGAUGAUAAUCUGAUACUGUCGAUUCAUUAUGAAUCUCUUCUCCUCUUCAAUUGGAAAAUAUACCCCCUCCCGUCCGCACCUAUUGCCCCCACCGACAUGCGUACAUUGUAGCAAUAUAUAUUGUUUUGCUUCGGAUGCUCCAUGUGCUAGCAGUAGAUCAGACUGUAGCCGAUAUGUUGAGCGAUAGAGAAAGUGAGUAUAUACAGGUUUUUUGUUUUUCUUUUCUACUUUCACUUUUGUAUGAUAUGUCCAUGGACUAAUCGAAAAUAAAGUGACCCAUGCCUGGUUUUGAAUGGGCGAAAAGAAUCAGAAGUAAUGAAACACCGUCCCCUAUCUUUCAAGGUGUACCAUGUCUACCCAUAAAGGCAGUGUGUUGACAUUUUGUCAGCGAAUGUAAACAGUGGAGAUGCAGUUUCUAUAUUGUGGGACGUUCACUGUUUUGUACAGGAGACAUUCAAUUCUUCUGUGAUGGAGCUGAGUUUUUAUAUUCCCCUCAGAAAACCCCCGGUAUUCUUUCUUUCUCUCUUUCUCUCUCUGUCUCUCUCUCUCUCUCUCUCUCUCUGUCUCUCAUUCACCAACAGUGACGUAUAUCUUUAUGCCCCCUGAAUAAAUCAGAUUUUUUUUAACCUCUUGGAAA